CUGUCGGGGUAGCUGAGCGCGCGGAGGCGGCUGAGGAGGCGGGAAGGCGGCAGGAGUUGAAGGGGCGAAGGUUCGAGCGAGCGGGCAGUGAUGGUGAUGGCGGCGAAGAAGGGCCCAGGCCCGGGCGGCGGGGCCGGCGGCGGAGGGAAGGCGGAGGCGGAGGCGGCCUCGGAGGUGUGGUGUCGCCGGGUGCGCGAGCUGGGCGGCUGCAGCCAGGCCGGGAACCGCCACUGCUUCGAGUGCGCCCAGCGCGGGGUCACCUACGUGGACAUCACCGUGGGCAGCUUCGUCUGCACCACCUGCUCCGGCCUCCUGAGGGGCCUGAACCCACCCCAUCGAGUCAAGUCCAUCUCCAUGACAACUUUCACAGAGCCCGAAGUCCUCUUCCUUCAGUCGCGUGGGAAUGAGGUCUGCAGGAAGAUCUGGCUGGGUCUUUUUGAUGCCCGGACAUCUUUAGUACCAGAUUCCAGGGAUCCGCAGAAGGUGAAGGAGUUUCUCCAGGAGAAGUAUGAGAAGAAGAGAUGGUAUGUCCCCCCAGACCAAGUGAAAGGGCCCACUUAUACCAAAGGCAGUGCCUCCACCCCUACCCAGGGCUCAGCCCCUGAAGGGAAGCCCCCGCGGACACUUCUGGGUGACCCUGUGCCCUCGCUCUCAGCUGUUGCGUCCACCUCCAACCAGUCCGCCAGUCAGUCUCAGGCUCGGAUAGCCCAGCCACGGAGCUCCCAGGCCCCUGCCCACUCUUCUGUCAAGAAAGCCAGCACUGACCUGCUGGCUGACAUCGGUGGAGACCCCUUUGCUGCUCCCCAGACAGCUCCAACUUUUGCCGGAUUCCCGGCGUUUGGGGGACAGACACCAUCCCAUGGCGGCUUUGCCAACUUUGAUGCCUUUGGCAGUAGCCCCAGCUCAUCUACAUUUGGAAAUAUUGCUCCAGCUGGCCAGGCCCCAUUCCAGGCCCAGCCCACGCCCACAGCCAGUCGGAUGCUAACUGGAAGUUACAGUUUUGGGAGCAGCCAGGGGACCCCAUUUGGCAUCUCUCCUCUUGGGCCUGCCAGCCAGCCUAACAGCCUCACAGAUGUGGGCAGCAUCCUGGGUCCCGCGGGCUCCACUGGAGGGAUCUCUAACAGCAUCUUCGGGAUGGCUGGCCCUGUCCCCGCACUCCAGUCAGCCCCAGCUGGCAGGAGCGGCGUAGGAUUUGCCUUCGGAGCCUUCACCAACCCCUUCAUGGCACCUGCUGCUCACCCCCAGCUGCUUCCCACCAACCCCUUCCAGCCCAAUGGCUUGGCUGCAGGACCUGGCUACCCCCAGACAGUGCCUCCGACUGGGGUCUUCGCUGGCACCUUCCCACCCCCGACGUUUCCCUCGCAGCCCGCCAUAGCUCAGCAGCAGAACGGUUCUUCCCUCGGAGAUGCAAGACUGGCCAAGCUGGGGCAGAGGCUACAAGGGCAGCCAGCCGGGAUCUCCACCAACCCCUUCAUGACUGGAUCAUCGUCAAGUCCCUUUGCCUCCAAACCUCCAACCACCAACCCCUUCUUGUAGCACUGUGUCCAGAAGUGAGGGGCCUCUCUACUCCCCAGAGCUCGGGGACCAGUGCCUGUUGACACGUCUGUGGGUCUGAACCCAGAAGGAGCCUUGUUGCGCAGGGUGUGCAGCUGGGGUGGUUGGAGGGGCCGAUGCUUGCUUGAGGCUUACAGAGAAAUGGCAGCUUCCUGGGCCAGCUGCCCCAAAGGCUUCCGCCUGCCCUCCCUCCCCCAGCCCCGAUGCAGGCGAGCCCACCAGGAGCUCCAGGAGGAGUGAAGGCAGGGCUGGUGUUUAUGUCUUCAAAUCGUUGACUAUGAUGAAGAGCCACCCUCCCCUGCCCUCCUCAGCUUACAAGCAUUGCCCCUCAUCUGGGCUCUGAGGGCAGACAGGCAGGCACAGCGGGCAGACCUAUGUAACAGCCCCCCCACCCUCCACCCCGCCAGCUUUCCAAUGCUGUUGUCUCAAGGACAGAAAGAAAAACGGUGGGCAAGGUAGGCCAGGGAGGUGGUGGUGGGGCGCUGCCCAGCAUGCUGAUUAGAAAGCCCUGUGCCGCCCCCGGCUUCCCUCCACCUCCCAGCAGGCACGCACGAGGCCUGGAGGGCUUGGCUUUCCAAGCACCCUCCGCGCCGCCAAGGUAGUCAGGGUUAGUUUUCCUCAGACACACACACACGGCCCAUCCCCGCCUGUCAAGCACUUUAGUUAACUGUUGGUGUCUUGUUUGGAUACCGGUGUUUUAUAUUUAUACAGAGAGGAUUUUCUAACGUAGCCUAUUAUAUGCACACGUGUACACACACAGACACAGCCUCCUCCCUCGCCCAGCCAGCUCUUCGCUUUCCCUGGGCAGUGACUGGCCCCACCCACACACCCACCCGUGCCUCCGGACCACAGAGCCCUCCAGGUGGGGGGACAGCUCUGCUUCCCGACCACCCUGGAGCCUGGGCUUGCCCAGGACAAGACUGCGUGCCAUUCACUGGGGUCUUUUGGUUUGUUUGCCCCUUUCUUUUUCCCACACGCCGCCCCCCUCCCUCCAAUCUCAGCACCAAAGCUCAUUACAGGUGAAGCUGGAAAGGAACUGCAUUUGAAAGGAAAAA